AUGAUAACUGACCCAAUUUCGAUUCUUCAAAACCCACGCCAAACAAAACUAAAGCCGAUAGAUGGUGGAGAUGCCGUCACUAUACCAGCAGGGGAUACAACUAUAGGUCGAGGUCCAUUUCUAAAGAUUGAGGAUAAGAGAGUUUCAAGAAAGCAUGGGAUACUAAAAGUUAGUGAUGGCAAACUUGUCUUGAAGCCGAUCCACACAAACCCUUGCUUCUACAGAGAGGGUGGAGAUGGGACUCAAACCACUCUUCAGAAAGACAAAGAUCAACCACUGAAGAAUGGUGAUGUAUUUGGCUUACUCCCUGAUAAACUCUUUUACAAAGUUGUCUAUGGUUCUCUCAAUAAUGGAUUAGAUGAUGAGGAUGAUGGCGAAAAGUCAGAAUCUGAAGCUGAAUCUCCUAAAAAGUCAACAAAGGCUGAAGUAGAGUCCCCAGGAAAGAAGCGCAAGUUGCCAGGAUGGAUGGCUGGGGCUGCUAAUAAAGAGAGAGAGGAAUCCAGCCCUGAGAAGUCUCCACCUAAACCUAAGCCUAAAGCUGCCCCUAAAGCUAAACCUGCAGCAAAGCCUACGCCCAAGAAGAUGCCAAAAUACAUUGACUAUGUGCCUGGUCAUUCAAAUGAUGAAGAAGAGCAGGAAUCUGAAGAAGAGGAAUCAGAAGAGGAAGUCAUUAAAAAAUCGAAAAGUCGUAAAGCUGCAGGGCGUGGUAGAAGGCGUAAGGAUAGCGAUGACGACGGUGUUGAUAGACCAUCCAGGGCAGCUGCACAGCGAAAGCUGAAAACAUAUGUCGAUGACUUAGAUUAUGACUAUGGAAGUAGUGAGGACUGGCUUAGAGACUCAGACCUUAGUUCUAAAGAGGAGACAAAGAAGCGUAGAAGAUCAACCAAGCAAUCAGAUAGUGACUUUGUGGUAGAAUCAGAGUCAGAAUCAGACUGGGAGAUGGAAUAUAGAAAGGGAUCAAAAAGAAGUAGCACCAAACCAACCAGACGGUCUCAAAGAGGAAGUGCCAGAAAGCGUAGACGUUAUGCAGACUCGGAUGAUGAUUUCUCUGAAUCAGAAGAUGAUUAUGUACCACGUCCUAGUAGACGUCGCGCUGCUGCAAAAUCAAAACGCAGACGAAGACGCGAUUCAUCAAGUGAGGAAUCGGAAGAAUCAGAGGAGUCACCCCCUAGGAGGAAAGGUCGUGGGAAGAGAAAAUCACGACGACACUCCAGUGAAGAUUCUGAGGAUUAUACUCCAAAGAAAAAAAGAAACAAUCGAGGCAAGAGGAAAUCCAGGAGAGAUUCAAGUGAGGACUCUGAGGAAGAUUAUACCCCUAGAAAAAAGAGGGGUGGUAGAUCUAAGAAAGACAUGAGUGAAUCUGAAGAUGAGCCUCCAAGGAGAAAGAGGGGAGGAAGAAAACAUAAAAAGGAUAGCAGUGAAGAGGAGUCAUCAGAGGAAGAGACUCCUAGAAAGAAGAGAGGACGUAAAUCCAAAAAAGACUUAAGUGAUGAAUCGGAGGAGGAAACUCCAAGGAAAAAGAGAGGAGGUAAAUCUAAAGACAUCAGUGAUGAAUCGGAGGAGGAAACUCCUAAGAAAAAGAGAGAUGAAUUGAAUGAUGAUACAAAAAAGAACACAAAUGGAGAAAAAUCCAAGGAAAAUGAUAAUAAAGGAGAUGAAGAAUCUCCUAAGAAAAAGAAAACUGAUGUAAAUGAGGAAUCUGGAGAAGAUUCUUCAAAAACUAAAAAUGGAAAAUCCAAAAAAGACAUAAGUGAUGAGGAAGAAUCAGACGAUGAUAAAACAAAUAAAAAAACUAAUAAAACAGACAAAUCUAAAAAUAAGAAAUCUAAAAAUAGUGAAAGUGAAGAUGAAGAUGAUGAAGAAGAAGAGGAAACUCUGAAGAAGAGAAAGCCAAAAAAGCGAAAACCUUGUCAGUUUGGUAAAAAAUGCUACAGAAAAAAUCCUGACCAUUUUAAACAGUUUAGUCAUCCGGAAGAUUCGGAUUAUCCGGACAGUGAGGAAGGGGGUGAAGAAUCCGAGGAAGAAGAAUCAGAUGGAUAUCGACCAUCUAAGGCAGCUAAACGGUCUAGGGCCCCAGCAAGAAAACCUAAAAGGCGUGCAAGAAAAAGAUAUUCUGAUAGUGAAUCUGAGGAUUCUGAGGAUUUGGAAGAUAUCAAUGAACUGAAGCGAGAAGCACGUCGAUUUGUCCACAGUAGACGUUGAUCAAUUCAACUAUGUCUCUCACUGUCAGUUGUUGUGAAUAUUGCAUCAAAGCAACACAUAUUCGUGUGAAUAUCGUUAAAAUGGAACCCAGCAGUAGAAAUUCUGCAGCCUAGAUUCAGAUUAGAUAUACAGACUCGUGGAUUUAUGACUUGGUGCAUGAAAUGCAUUGAUGUUGUAGAACAGUGGGUCUAAUCAUGAAGUGAUGAAGUCAGUAGUGAGAGUGGUGUCACCUGGUGGUGCCCCUUCAUGGUGCCAUGUACAUGAAAAGCAUUGAGGAGCUAUCCCAGUGGGUUAUCUCUCAACAACCAUAUAUACAAACCAUUAUAAAUCUUUUUUCUUUUUGUAGAAAUUUAAUAAAAAAGAAACAGUCAGCAAUUGUCAGCAUGGCAACAUUAAAAAUGGUGUAACAUGUUCAAUGCGACACCUUUUGUCUUUAGAUACUGCCGGUGUGUUCAUGUUUAAGGGAUGGGUCAGACAUCAGAUAUCAGUAUGUCCGUUUUAUGAAACUUAUCCUGGAUUCAUGGCAUAAAGCCUGGUUAAGUACAAGUAUUAAACACUGAAAGGGCUUGAUAUUGAAACUUGGAUGUUCAAUAUGGUUGAACAAACCAUGACAGAAGGGAUGACCUUAAGCUGAAUAAACCACUUGAAAAAAUUAUGUUUGACCCAAUCCUUUAACCAUUGUCUAAGUGGCCUCUAAUGGUAGAAAAGGAUAGAUAUUGACGCCAAUGAAAUACAUGUACUAUGUACAUUUGAACAACCAGUUUGGUGGUUCUAAAUAUGGCUUCAUGAAAUGGAAACAAGGGAUGCAACUAAAGUUGUAACAGAUGUGUAGUUGAAGUCACAUGGUUGUUUCAUUGUUUUUGAGCAAACAAUCACUGGACAUUUAAAAGAUGCUAUUGAACUCUGUGCUCCUCAGCUCUCAAAUAAAUGGGAAGUGUAGUC